CUAGCAAAGAAUAUUCUAUAGUGGUAUUGCUUAGUGUAUGCACGAAACGUGUUCACUUUGUUAUAGCAGUCAUCAAAGAUGUCGGCUCACAAAACAUUUAUUAUUAAGCGAAAGCUUGCCAAAAAGUUGAAACAAAACAGACCCAUUCCUCAAUGGGUUAGGAUGCGUACUGGAAAUACUAUUCGGUACAAUGCUAAGCGUCGUCACUGGAGGAGAACUAAGUUGAAGUUGUAACUUAGUCUCCAAAACUACAGCGAUAUCAAUUCCAUUGACUUCAAUGAUUUUCUGAUAAUUCCAAUAAAAUUGUUAAAUUUAUCUUGAUAUAAAUUAUCUUUUCUUAA